GCUGCGAAGAAGAAGGACAAGGACGCGCCCAAGGAGGACGAGAAGCCGAAGCAGGUGGCCUUUGGCUGCGAGGAUUGCAACUGGUAUGUAUGCGCCGACUGCCACGGCAAGAAGGGCGAGAAGCAGUGGCAAUGCAUGCUGCAGGUGGACCUCCGUGAGGGCUUCGAGGUGCACCGCGAGUGGUUCGCGGUGGAACAUCUACGUCUCUUCGCAGAGGCGGAGGACGACAUGGAAUCGGACGACGAGGACGAGAAGGAGGACAACUUGGCCAAGAAGUUUUACCCCGAGCUGGUGGAAGGCCAGCACAUCAAGGCAUCUCUGAGCUCGGCGGGCCGCUGGGGCUUUACCUCGCGGUUCAUGUACGACGCGGUGGUGUCCAAGUGCCAGGAAGACGGGAACUACGACAUCAAGUUUCAGGAUCAGUUGCUGGGGGAGAAGAAGGGGAUGCCUAUCGAGGAGCUGGAGAGCUUGCUCAGCUUCGAGCCCUCUGGCCUCGCCUUGGACCCCUCCAGGAACUUCUUCGACUUCCGGUUCAACAGCCUGCCGCGGGGGGUCACCGCCAACGGCAACGGGGUGGACCUCAAGGCGGCCGCGGUCAAGGUCCUUUAUUGGACUUGA